GAUAUCUCCAUCCCGUCUUCAUCCUGACUAUUCCCCAUUCCCCAUUAUACUUCUUUCAAAAACAAGAAAUAAUACCUUGAUACAAUACCCCAGGAAGAAAAAGGACGUAAAGCCACCCCCCAAAUUCCUCAUCAUGGCAUCCAGCACCCGCCCCGCAACCCUCAGCGUCUCCCUCGACGACCUCGCCAAAAUGAUCGACCAUUCCCUCCUCCACCCCACGAUGACCGACGACGACGUUCUCGCCGGUCUACAAAUCAGCAAGAAAUACGGCGUCGCAACUGCAUGCGUAAAACCCUACCACAUCACCUUCGCCAAGGAAGCCCUCGCCGGCUCUUCCGUGCUCGUAUGUCCCGUCAUCGGCUUCCCGCACGGGAACUCGAGCACCGAGGUCAAGGUCUUCGAGGCUUCCCGCGCGGCCGAGCUGGGCGGCAAGGAGAUCGAUAUGGUGGUGAAUAUCGGCCGCGUGCUGUCUGGAAAGUGGGACUAUGUGGCGGAGGAGAUCGCGGCCGUGAACCGCGCUGUCGUGGAGAGGGGGAGCGUGUUGAAGGUCAUUUUUGAGAAUGAUUAUCUCACGGACAAGGAAAUCAUCAAGUUGUGUGAGAUCUGCAGCGACAUUGGCGUAGCCUUCGUCAAGACCUCAACCGGUUAUGGUUUUGUCAAGCAGGCGAACGGAGAUUACAACUACAAGGGGGCCACGAUCCCGCAUCUGGAACUGAUGCAGAAGCAUGUCAAGGGCGAUGUGAAGAUUAAGGCUGCCGGUGGUGUAAGAACGCUGGAUGACUUGCUUAGGGUGAGAGCCUUGGGCGUUGCGAGGGUGGGUGCCACGGCCACCGCGGUCAUCCUUGAUGAGGCUGUCAAGAGGGGGAUUGGCAAGGAGAGGGUGGAGGUGGUUGUUCCGCCAUUCCCAUCGUGAUGGAUGCGAGAAUGAGUUUCCCACUGAAAGAGGCAGAUACCCCUGUACGUAGGUCGAUCAGGUGAAAUAUGACGGUCUCGCACGUGAGGCAACUUUCCUCCACGACAUCGCGC